AUACCACCGUUUAUUCUGUUCAUAAAGCGAGUUUUACUUGCUGAGCGAAGGGGAACAGACGAGGUUUAUGCAAUCAAAGUGUUGAAGAAAGACGUGAUCAUUCAGGAUGAUGAUGUUGAAUGCACGAUGAUUGAGAAGCGUGUACUCACCCUUCAGCAGAAACCUCCUUUUCUUGUUCAACUUCAUUCCUGCUUCCAGACAAUGUGUUCAAUCAAGCAGUUUCUCAUAGAAAAUAAACCUCUUACAAGAAUUAUCCGGUGA